AUUAGAAUAACCGAUCGAUUAUAACUUUUUUUAAAAUAAUGGCAUAAAAGACCAAAUUUCUGUUAAUAAAACCCAAGAAUAUUGAAAGAAUUUAUCAUCAUUGCAUAUAUUGAACGCAAUGUUUCCUAUUAAGCCGAAUAAAUCUAUUGUUAUUAAUUUGAUAAAAUGGACAAAUUUAUUCCGCUCAAUAAAAACUGGUCGAACAACAACAUUAACGAUACCACAAACUCAAACGCAACCACAAUUAUCACCCCACCAACAACACCAAUCAUUAGAGAUUGAACAACUAAUGGAUCGUACAUUAUUAAAAAUCAAUGGCCGUCAUGUUGAUGAAUAUUUACAAUCGUUGAUUACAAAUGAUCUAUCAUAUAUACAAAAAUCAAUUGGAUCCUUGUAUACAAUGUUUUUAAAUGAUCAUGGACGAUUAAUAACGGAUGGUAUUUUGUAUAAAACAUCUGAAUCGAAUUCAUAUUUAUUGGAUAUUGAUAUGCCUGCCAUAGGUAUCGUACAACAACAUUUAAAUAAAUAUACUAAAAGUAAUUCUUCGAUACAAAUAACAAACUAUGGUAGUAAAUUAAAUGUAUGGCAAAUAUUCAGUUCAGAUGCGUUACGGAUACGUAACGAAGCUGACAUGAUUAAAACGAAUGUAAAUUGUGCGAAACGAAAAUGGUUAAAUAAUGAUUUACAGGAUUUAGUGAUGGUUUAUUCAGAUCCACGGUCACCGCAAUUAGGUUUACGUAUAAUUGCAUCCAAUGAUAUAGAUUUUAAUCAAAUCAUACAAAAGUUAAACAUUAAACGUCGUCAUAAUCUUACAACAUACAAACAGCUUCGCUACAAAUUGGGUAUCGCAGAAGGUGUACAAGAGCUGCCACCAAACAAAAGUAGUCCAUUAGAAUCGAAUGGUGAUUAUUUAAAUGGUAUUCAUUUUAAUAAAGGUCGUUAUCUGGGGGGUGAUAUUACGAUAUCAUUGUAUCUAAAUGGUUUUAUACAUUAUCGUAUGACACCAGUCAUUUUUGAUGGUGCUAGUAAAGUUGAUGAAUUGAAUUUUGAUGAUCCAAUUAUUAUUGAGCAUACAAAGAAACAAAUGAUUGUUGGAAAAUUACGUGGUACUUACGAUAAAUAUGGCAUUGCGUUAUUACGCACCGAUUAUAUUAAUCGUGACGAUAUGGUUGUGAAAAACGUUAAGGUGAAAGCACCGAAACCUGAUUGGUGGCCAGUUAUGUUGACAAAUGAAAUGCCUGAACAAUUAUGGGCAACAGCUCUCAGAUAA